AUGAACAAGAAGAAGGAAGGUGGACCGCUAAUAUUCUUACUGAGAGCCUUCCGACUGUUUAUGACUCCAAUAUCGUUGUUCACGGCUUCCUCCGUUGGUCUCGGCGAUCUUCCGAUUGUUCUUGACGUUACUGGCGACAACAGGGGACGUGACGGUAGCGUUAGACGACAAGGCAACAAGCGGAAACGGUGGCUGUCAGACCCGGUGAUGCAAGCGGCGGCUGAGGAGGACUCACAUGGUGGUGGCGGCUGUAGAAGGUGCGCUAGGAUCAAUCACAAGUCGGAGGCAAGCCGAAGAAACCCUCUUCUUCACUUUGCGCGUCCGCCCUCUUUCUUUCUGUGUUUGUGCGUGCGAAUCUUGAAGGGUCACGUAAAUUUAGCCAUGGAGGUGAAGAUGAUUCCUGAAUCCGCUGCAGUCGGAGACGGAAUGCGAACAGUUUCGACGAAUAUGGGAACGAUCGACGUUCUGGAUUCUAAUCGGAGUUUCCAUUGUUAUCAUGGCGCUGACGUUAUGGACGAGAAUAACGGGAGGCCGAGUAAAAAGCCGAAAAUCGAAGAACAAGUAGUUGAAUAUGCAUUGCCUGUAGGGUUUCUUGAUCCUAUUAAUCCCGACGAACGCUCGUUGGUCUCUGUGCCGCAAACGCAAUCCAUCUUAGAAUACCGAAACACUGAUGAUCAUAAUCUCAAGGCUAUCGUUCCAUCUAUGAGCAAACAGUUUUGGAAGGCAGGGGAUUAUGAGGUUUCUGUUAACAAUAUAGAAUCCGUAUCACACCCUGCAGCUGGUAUGGAUCACGUGAGGGUUCAUCCCAGAUUUUUGCAUUCAAAUGCCACCAGCCACAAGUGGGCACUGGGAGCUUUUGCUGAGCUUCUCGACAAUUCUUUAGAUGAGGUGCGCACUGGAGCUACUUAUGUUAAUGUAGACGUGCUGAAUAAUGAAAAAGACAUCGGUAGCAAGAUGUUACUGAUCGAAGAUAAUGGUGGUGGAAUGACUCCUGAUAAAUUGCGUGGAUGCAUGUCUCUUGGCUACUCUGUGAAAAGCAAGUUGGCCAACACUAUUGGUCAAUAUGGGAAUGGUUUCAAGACAAGUACAAUGAGGCUUGGAGCCGAUGUUUUAGUAUUUACUCGUUGCCCAGGACAGGAUGGUAGAAGCCCAACUCAAAGUAUCGGAAUGCUAUCAUACACAUUUUUAAUGGAAACCGGAAAGGAAGAUAUUGUGGUUCCAAUGAUUGAUUUUGAAAAGAGAGGAGAUGACUGGGGAAUGAUGGUGCGAUUCACACCUGAGGACUGGAAAAGAAACAUGGAGACACUGGUCCAGUGGUCUCCAUAUUCGACUGAAGAAGCUCUCUUACAGCAGUUUGAUUUCAUCAACAUCCAAGGCACACGCAUCAUUAUAUACAACAUUUGGGAGGACGAAGAAGGACAAUUAGAGCUUGAUUUUGACACAGAUCCACAUGACAUACAAAUCAGAGGGGUCAAUCGAGAUCCCAAGAAGAUUGAGAUGGCGAAACAGUAUCCCAACUCUCGCCACUUUUUAACUUACAGGCAUUCCUUAAGAAAUUAUGCAGCAAUUUUAUACCUGCGCAUUCCAGAGGGCUUUAGAAUCAUCCUUCGUGGAGUAGAUGUAAUUCAUCAUAAUAUAGUUGAUGAUAUGAUGCUAACUCAGAUGGUUACGUAUAAGCCAACACAACCAUGUCCUGAAUGGACAACCACAAGGAAUGAUCAAAACAUGGUGGCUGUGGUGACUAUAGGUUUUGUGAAAGAUGCAAAAGACCAUAUCGAUGUUCAAGGGUUCAAUGUUUAUCACAAGAACCGACUCAUUAAGCCAUUUUGGAGGGUUUGGAAUGCUGCUGGAAGUGAUGGUAGGGGAGUUAUAGGCGUAUUAGAAGCUGAUUUUGUUGAGCCAGCUCAUGAUAAACAGGGGUUUGAACGCACAACUGUACUUUCAAGGCUUGAGAAUCGAUUGGUCGUCAUACAAAAGAAAUACUGGUCUACGAAUUGUCAAGAAAUUGGGUAUGCUAAACGUUGCAAGAACAGUUCAGAUACAAAAUGUAGACCUUCAAUGGAAGAUAAACCGGAUGUUCAAAGUGAUGCUAGAGCCCCCAAGUUGAGGCCCAUCAGAAAAGUUGAAGCAUCAACAUCUGAGGAAUCAGAGUUUCCAGAAAUCAUUACAAGUAGUUCACCAAAAAUUAUUUGUAAAGAAUCAAAAGCAAAUAUGAAUGGAGACGACACCAUAGCCAAGUUGAAGGAAGAGAAUGUGCAACUCAAGAAGAGACUAGAGACAAGCGAGGGUGUGAUGCUCAAUGAUUUGUUAUUGGAUCUGCAAUCUGAGAAAGACAAGACUAUUUCUCUUGAAAAUCAAAUUGUGAAAUUACAAGAAAAGAUUCAAGUGCUGGAUCAAGAACAGAUAAACCUUAUUGACAUAUUUUCUGAAGAAAGAAACCGGCGGGAAGCCCUGGAAGAGACUUUGAGGAAUAAGUUGAAGGAGGCCAAUGACACCAUUGAAGAGUUACAGAGGACCAUAAAAGUGCUCAAGAGCAAUGGAGUCAUAAUAUGCUAGUUUUAAUAUCAAAUAUACACGAUCAAACUCUACUAACACUGCUAAGUCCCUAAAGUUUCAUCUCUGCAUUACUCUCUUCUCUUAUACUAUUAAUUUUCAAAUCAUAUCAAAGAUGGUUUGGCUUUUGUAUUUCUGUCUUCUACUUUUGCGUACAUUUAUGAUUGUUGUUACAUUUUUAUGUUUGACGUAUAUAUGAAGCAAGCAUAGACUCCUGA